AUGCUUCAACCUUUGAAAUCAUCAAAUUUGGUCAAUACUGGUGCACAAGCAACCGCCAAGCUGUCGCAAGGAGAACACAAUGGGCUUCAGCAAGAUGAGCGAGGCACCUUCAAGGCAUCAAAUGCAGAUGCUGGUCAAAAUACAGGAAACAGCACAGCUAGCACCAGCCGGCGAUGGACCCUUGAUGACUUCGAAAUCGGGAAAGCGCUAGGGAAGGGCAAGUUUGGCAACGUCUACCUUGCUAGGGAAAGGCAAAGCAAGUUCGUGGUCGCCCUGAAGGUACUGUUCAAGAGCCAACUCCAGGAUUCAAACGUGGAGCAGCAGAUUCGCCGCGAGAUUGAGAUUCAGGCUCAUUUGUGCCACCCGAACAUUCUUCAGCUCUAUGGAUACUUCUACGACAAGGAUAAGUUGUACAUGGUCCUCGAGUACGCAGCGCGAGGCGAGCUCUACAAGGAGCUGGUUUGCUGUACCCAUUUCGGCGAGAGCAGGUCGGCCAGCUACAUCCUGUCAUUGGCACGAGCGCUGCAAUACUGCCAUAGCCAUAACGUCAUCCACCGUGACAUCAAGCCGGAGAAUCUGCUGCUUGGACUCGAUGGCGAACUUAAGCUUGCCGACUUCGGCUGGUCCGUCCAUGCGCCUAGCAACAGGCGCCGGACGAUGUGCGGCACGUUGGACUAUCUGUCGCCAGAGAUGGUGGAGCACAAGAUUCACACCAGCGCGGUGGAUAAUUGGUGCUUAGGUGUUCUCACGUACGAGUUCCUGUUCGGCGGCCCACCCUUCGAGGCGCCGGACCACUAUGACACCUACAAGCGGAUCAGCAAAGUAGAUUUACGCUUUCCGGAUUCGCCGGAGGUAUCCCCUGAGGCCAAGGCAUUCAUCCGUAAGGUGUGUGAGGCGCCCGCCGGGCGUUGCGAUCCUUAUAUAUCUGCACUCCUACUCAUCAAGGACGCUAGCCAGCGAUUGCCACUCACUGAAGUGGAGAACGACCCGUGGAUUCGAGCGCAUGCUGACCCCAAACUGCUCGGCGGCCAGUGA